CACACAUUUCAGCUCAUUCUUCACUCCUUCGUCUUCUGUGAACUUCAACUGCCGGUCAGCUCACACUCCGGAUUUUGGUCAUCAAUUCGUGACUUAUCUUCAUCAUCAUGGCUGUGGGGAAGAAUAAGGGGCUCAGCAAGGGAGGCAAGAAGGGUGCCAAGAAGAAGAUUAUUGAUCCAUUCACGAGGAAGGAUUGGUAUGAUGUCAAGGCUCCAUCCAUCUUCAAAGUUCGUCAAGUUGGAAAAACGCUGGUCAACCGGACCCAAGGAACAAAGAUCGCGUCGGAGGGCUUGAAGGGCCGUGUUUUUGAAGUGUCGUUGGCAGAUUUGCAAAAUGACAAUGAUGCUGAGAGGUCUUUCCGAAAGUUUAAGCUGAUUUCAGAAGAUGUCCAGGGUCACAACGUGCUGACCAACUUUCACGGAAUGAAUUUGACCACGGACAAACUUCGUUCCAUGGUUAAGAAAUGGCAAACACUGAUUGAAGCAACGACUGAUGUUAAGACAACUGAUGGAUUUCUUCUUCGCGUUUUCUGUAUUGGAUACACGCACAAGGACCAGGCCUCGAAAAAGAAGACUUGCUACGCUCAGCAUACUCAGGUCAAAGCUAUUCGCAAGAAGAUGGUCGACAUCAUCUCUAAGGAAGUAAAUUCAAACGACAUGAAGGAGGUCGUGAAUAAGCUAAUUCCAGAUUCUAUUAGCAAGGACAUCGAGAAGGCGUGCCACGGUAUUUAUCCACUUCACGAUGUCUACAUCCGAAAGGUCAAGGUCCUUAAGAAGCCCCGAUUUGAUCUUUCCAAGCUCUUGGAAAUGCACGGCGAUGGUGGAAAGGGUGCAACUGAAGAAACUGGCGAGAAAGUAGACAAACCUGACGACUAUGAACCACCAGUUCAGGAAACUGUAUAAGAACAGUGUUAAUUUUUGAUCCUACUUUUUGAAAUAAAUGCCGUUUCUGUGAAAUUUA